AUGACAAUAACACAUUAUUAUAAUUAUGUUUUCAGUGGAGUCGCAGUAUCUUGUGGAGACUGCAGUAGUAGCGGAACAAGUGACAUUACAGAACCAGGGUCACCAUGCAGCACAAGUAGCGAUGAGGGCGUCGCAAUUCACGGUAAAGCACCAAGUCCAUUGCCAUCAAUACCCAAACUGGCACCACAGACAUCACCCCUUCUAAAUGGGACCAGGCCCCAGUGGCCCUGGACCCCGCCGCUAGCAGAUACUGCCUGUUCGACCUACAAACGACUUAAUAGCGAACCUGAAAUAGGAACACUGCCAAAAGUAACUGCCGCUGACCCCACGGUUCGUAGUACCAAGACAUCUAAUAAACUUCAACAUAAUCAUCACCAACAACACGAACUACAGGGAAAAAUAACCGAGUACUUCAAGACUCAAAUUAAACCCCAACAGUCAAAGACAAAGAAAAAUUCAGCAGACAUGUCAGUAAUGGUAGCAAAAAAUUCCCCGGAAUUCCGUAGGCCACUCACGGUUCAACGUAAUAAAGGAGGAUUAGCAAAGUACCUGGGUGUGGUUACACCAAACAGUAGAUCUGUUGCUAAUGACUGGGAUGUUAAAUCAAUGGGAAUUCCAUCCUCGCAAUUACCGGGUAAUAAAAAAUUAUCAUCAGUAACACCCCGAGUCAGUGUAAUGAAAUUAGACAAAUUGUUUGUCAACAAAACAUUACCCGGAUUGCCGAUAUCAAGCGAUGUGUUGUCGAGUAUUCCUGGCUGUAAGAUCUCAUCGCUAAGACUGACUGGUGAAGCAAGUCCUAAACCUAGUGGUGAAUCACCUCCAUCGACACCUACACCCACUUUAGAAGCCAUGAGGUCUGUUAAAGAAGACGAUGAAGAAGAAGAAGAGGAAGAGGAAGAUUCAUCGAGAAGCAGCGAAUCAAAGCCAUCUAGUUCACCCAUUCUUUGUGAGCCGACUACCAUAAGAUUUCCAGCCAGAGCGCCGACUAAAAAUGGCGCACGAGCAGCUGAUAGCGGAAUUUGUAGAACUUCCUGUUCAAGAAGAUGGUUAGAGAGGCAUGUUCUUUCUCAUGGUGGCAAUAAACCGUUUAGGUGCAUCGUCGACGGAUGUGGCAACAGAUUUAGCUCACAGAUUGCUUUAGAAAGACACGUAAAUAAUCAUUUCAAUCAGCCUGAAACGAGUAGCAGUAGCAGCAGACGAAGUUGUGAAAACGGUGGUAAAUUAGUUCGGAGGAAUGGAAAGAAGUUGAGAUACAGGAGGCAGCCAUGGUCAGCGAGGUUAUUUGAUUACUUCGACAACGGAGUGAUGGAGGGCCUUCAACAUAGAUUAUUAGAAUUAGCCAAGUCGAGAACUCAAGGUCAACUGGCAAGCACACCUGGAAACUCAAUGGCCCUAACUAGUCAAGUCUUAGCUAAGAGAGUUGAAACGGACGGAAAAACAAGAGUGCUGUUACGUUGGCAUCCUCAGGACAUUGCGCCAGACGAGUGGGUCCUUGAGUCAGAAGUAAUAAACACAAAACACAUAGAUAUACGUAAAGCAGCAACUACCUCGAUAGACGAGGUAAGUUUGGUUUUAUAUCCUGCGGUACAAGGAGGAACACCACCAGCAACACGAGUAAAACAACGCCGAAAACCGGUUAAAAAUUCGUGA